ACCGAGGCGCGUGUUUUGGGUCUCGCGGCUCCGCUCAGCCUCCGCUCAGAUGGAGCCGGUCUGCGCCCACACCGCGAUGGCUAUGGGGCUAACGUCGAAAAAACCCUCCUCCAGAAACGUGGCCGUGGAGCGCAAGAACCUCAUUACGGUCUGCAGGUUUUCAGUAAAGACGUUAUUGGAGAAGUAUACAGCAGAACCCAUUGAUGAUUCAUCGGAAGAGUUCGUUAACUUUGCCGCUAUUUUGGAGCACAUUCUCAGUCAUCGUUUCAAAGGUCCAGGGGGCUGGUUCAGUUCCGAUGGACAGAGAAGUUUCUGGGACUAUGUGCGCCUGGCCUGCAGUAAGGUCCACAACAACUGCAUCAGCAGCAUUGAGAAUAUUGAAAACAUCAGCACCUCUCGGGCCAAGGGACGAGCAUGGAUUCGCAUGGCUCUCAUGGAGAAACGCCUGUCUGAGUAUAUCGCCACAGCCUUAAGAGAUGCCCGGACCACCAGGAGGUUUUAUGAUGAAGGUGCCAUUAUGCUUAGAGAGGAAGCGACCGUCCUGACAGGAAUGCUAAUUGGGCUAAGUGCCAUUGACUUCAGUUUCUGCUUGAAGGGAGAAGUUUUAGAUGGGAAAAUACCUGCAGUGAUUGAUUACACACCGUACCUGAAAUUCACCCAGAGCUAUGACUACCUGAGUGAUGAAGAGGACCGUCGCAGUGUGGACAGCAGUGCGAGUGAGGACAGUGUAGCUGAACAUCCUUACAUUCCUCUGGUCACCGAUGAGGAGAGCUGGAGCGCCAAGUGUCGCAAGAUGGAGCAGAGAUUCAAAAUAGUCUAUGCUCAAAAGGGUUAUCUGGAGGAACUGGUGCGGUUGCGAGAGUCACAGCUGAAGAAUGUGGAGACAGAGAAUAAGAGACUUAAUACUAAACUGGAUGAUCUGCAGGUCCAGAGCCAACAGGAGAAGAAAGAGCUGGAGGCCAUUAUCCUGGAACUACAGGCACAAUUGACUGGUGUCAUUCCAUGUGAACCAGCCCAUUUGCAGAAAAACCUGUCAGUCUCCAUAGUCAACCAUUGGCCAUCCUCGCGGGCUGCCAACAACCAAGGGGAUGUAAAGCUGUUCCGCCGGAGAAGUUUUCAUAGUUUGACCUUCCCUGGUGAGGUGAAUCUGAACUCAAAAGACCCUCUUAAGAGAGAGGAAAAGCAGAAUGGAGAGACAGCUUGGUCCUCAGCAGCUAACGACACCACUCCGUCCAUGCUGGGCCUGUGUGGAUCUCUGGCCUCUUCACCCAGCUGCAAGUCUCUGGCCAGCUUGAAAUCCAGCGAGUAUUUGGUCAACAUCAGCACAGAGCCCAGCCCUGCAUUGUCCCCAAGCUAGGGGGUUCAAAUAUUAGUCUAACUAGUGAUAACCAUGAAUAGAGAUUCAUCAUUUAUUUCAAUGAUUCAUUUAUCACUCAUCAUUAGGAAAGAGCCUCAUCACUCUGGUCAGGGAUGCCUUUCUCGGUUUGUCUGGAGAAAGUCGUGAUUAUUAGCGUGAACGGUGAUGUUAUCUCCCUCCAUCUCUAGUGAAUUUGUAGUAUGUAGUCCAUAUAAGCUCCCUUCAUCAUUCGUUUCAUUCUCCAUCAUUCAGUGAACAUAUGAUCAUAUGAACAUAUGAUCAUAUAUUGAGAGAGAGAGAGAGUAUGGGAGAAUGAGUUUGUGCUUGUUUGUCUGCAUGAGAACUGACCUCCAUUCAGAACGGCUGUAAACGUCUUCACUUCCCUGAUGUGCUUGUGCCACUGACAGUUAUGCCUGGCGUUGUGUGUGUAUGAAUGUGGGCAACAGCAAUGUAAACCGAAACCUAGACCUUCUGUAGCUCUCUUAUGUUCGUAAAGCUUUGAUUGGCUUGAACAGUUGUGCUGCUUCAUUUCUACAUAUUAUAUAUUUUGUUAUGUAGUGGCAGUGCUUUAGUCUUUUUUGGCAAUAAAAUGGUCCUUCUUUUGAUUAUCUCAGUUUAAA